ACCCGGAGCAGAGAAAAAGGUGAAGAUGACUCAAAGUUACCGUACCAUCACAUCAGCCCCGUGAACCCCAUAUUCAACCACCAGUGACUAGUAUCUAGUCACGACGAACCUUGAAGCUAUAUACAGCUGUGGCUGAUUGUAGACAAACUCUACCCAACUUUAGCACUCGCCACAAAUAUCUAUUGUUAUCAGUAUCAUGAGGAUAUUUCACGUUGCCCUCCCAUCUCUAUUGUGCUGCCGUUGACCUUGGGAACCUUUACCACAUACAACUUUUCCCCAUAUACACCUUUUACAUCUCACAUCAACUAUUCUACAUAUUUUCUUGACUACAAUACUUCUGGUCCAUCUUUCAGCUAAUAAAUACCCAACGUAGAAGUAUUAGUUACAACAAGCUUUGUCAAAGACCUUAGAUACCCGCUUAACUGGGGUAAAAGAAUAUUAUCCGUUUGGUGCUUUAUUUAAGCUUCAAAGUCCCAAGAUAUUUGGUAGCGAUGGCAGAGAGAACUCACGACCUUAACGUCUUCCCGUCCGGCUUAGGCGGGAAGCGCAUCCUGCUAUGCACGGAGAGUCUUGGUCCUGUCAACGGUGUAUCGCGCACUACUAAGAUGUUAGUGGAUCACUUGCGAUCUAAUGGAGCUCUCGUAGCAGUGGUCGCGCCCUACAACCAUACCAAAGUGAACACCUUCAACCCGAUCAGCUCUCCUGUCGACUGUCCAUUUUACUAUGAGGAAGUACGCCUAUCUGGGUAUCCGUUACCCUUCAACCCAGAGCUUUCCGUGGCUUAUCCCGUACGACUUUCCGAGCUGUAUAGACGUACGUUCGGAGGGCCACCAGAUCUCAUCUACUUAGCUAGUCCCGCAUCUUUGGGCUUUCAAGUGAUGCUGCAGCUACGGCAAUAUACAAAGGAGUUACAAGUGCCCAUCAUCUGCAAUUUUCAGACCGACCUAGCCGGGUAUUGCUCUCUUUUGUUUCCCUGGCCGCUAGGUAAAAUCGCGAAUGAAGUCUUCGGUUUCGUACAGGGUUAUCUCUUCCGCGAUACGUCGGUCAAGACAAUAUUUUACCCUAGCACAUUCGUCAAGACGUACCUAACAUCAGUCAACGUACCAUCUGAUAAGAUGGAGGUGCUGAGACGAGGAGUCGAAACUAAGGGUUUCAGUCCGGCCAAGAGAAGCGAGCAGCUAAGGAAGGAAUGGGCGCCGAAUGGGGAACCCAUCCUAUUCACCUGCUCGCGAUUGGCGGGCGAAAAAGGGUUUGCGUUCCUCGCUGAUGCGGCAAGGGAGUUAGAUAACAGGGGAAUGGAAUUCAAGCUCGUCAUCGUCGGCGGGAAUCGUAACUCGGUCGUCGAGCAAGAAGUCAAAGACAUGUUCGCGCCGCUCCAGAAGAAGAACAAGGUGAUCUUUCCCGGCUUCAAGAUUGGAGAGGAGUUGAUGACGCAUUAUGCCUCGGCAGAUAUCUUCCUUCAUUGCUCCAUCACAGAGACGUUCGGGCUUGUGGUGUUAGAGGCGAUGGCGAGCGGUGUUCCGGUUAUCGCAAGGGACGAAGGAGGACCGAGCGAUAUCAUCGAACAUGGGAAAACUGGAUAUCUCGUCCGGCCUGACGACUUGGAUGACUUUGUGCAGAAGGUGUUGAAGCUCGGCCAUGACACGAUUACCCGUGAACAGUUUGCCUUAGCGGCUCGCACAUUUGCUUGCGAGGCCACCUGGGAGAGGGUAAGCAACAAGGCGGCCUGGCAGAUGCUCGACACGAUCGAGAAGUUUGACCAAAACAAGAAGAAGAGUGCAUUACCGACGACGCGGUUUCCUAUCUUCGGAUGGUUACUUCUAAGCGGGCCCGUACGACAUUUCCUGCUCCCACAGAUUAUCAAGGCGAAAUUGGCGUGGGCAUUAUCUAUCAUUUUCUCCUUCUGGGUCGUUGUUGGUAGUUAUCUUGUCUUUGCGGAUGUCGGUCAUUUGGUGAAGACUUACUCGCCACGAGCUCUUUCUUGGCUGAAGUUCAUAACUCGUGGUUAGGGUACCUGUCGAGUAUCUCGCUAAACUGAACCACCUACCUUUUCAUGAACAUACCUAUUUACCGCCUCUCCUUAUUUCUUACGCUAUACCCAUCUUGCGAGGUGCAUCUCGAAGCGCAUACUAUAUCGUUAUUUCUUAACAGCAUCGAGG